CUCCCUGCCGCUCCGGCGGCGGCUCCCCGGUGCCCCGGCGGAGCUCGGGGGCUUCGGCUGGCGGGCCGGCAGGCCCCUGGCGCCGGAUGUGGGAGUGCCCGCCGGGCCGAGCGGCGCCAGCCCGUUGCGGGGCCGUUGCCGCUCGUGGGGGCACGUGGCUCCCCGAAAUGGCGCCCGCAGUUUCUCGUUCCUUGCCUGCCCGCUCACGCGACAGGAUACGAGAACUUGCAGAACCCAAGAAAACAGCUUGUGCAAAUGAUCCCAGGCUCGUGUGGGGAAACCAAGAGACAAUCUGGACCCUCUCAUGGCGUGCUGUGACAGCUCAACCAUCCCCAAGAACAGUUGCACUGGCCAAGCCCAAGCAAGAUUUUGGCAAGAACCAGUGCAGAUCCCUCUUCUUGUACAGCUGUGGACGGGAAUCAACUAUCUGGGAGCGUCCCCUGCUAGUGGAUUUUGGCUUCCCUUCUGAUCGGCUGCUGAAGUUGUCUGAACCGAAAAAAUGCCAGGCUGCUUACCUGCAGCAAAGACCUCGCCAGUCCCCUGAGCGGCCCGUAUCGCCAGCUGCACUGAGCUAUAAGGCCUCCCCACGGAUCCUGGAGCUUGCCCGACCAAAGGCGCUGCACCCAGAGUUCCUGCUGGCCAGAGAGGUGCCAACAAAGGUUACAAACGCUGCGGCCUUGGCCAGAGCAUCCUCGCGGUUACAGCGUCUCGCAGAGCCUCGGGUCAGGAAGGUGACCAGCUGCUAUGAGUGCAGCUUUCCUGAAUCUGUCAUUCGUCCGGUUUCCAAGUUGGCUCAGGAGGCAAUUGCGAGCCCUCGGACCCUGGAGCUGGCUAGGGCAAAAAGAUUGCAUCCUGACUAUGUGCCCCUGCGGGAUGCUGAGUGGCCAGUGACGAAGGCUGCAAAGCGCACGGUGGCCACGCCAAGGCUUGUGGAACUGGCCCAGCCCUGCAGAAGGCCUCCUAUGGGCGCAGCUCAAUUCAACCCAGACGCGUUCACAGUGAAGGAGACUGCUAAGAAGGCAACUUGUUCUGCUCGGGUCCAAGAACUGGCUCGUCCGAUUAAGCGCUGAGCUCCCUCAGAAACACAGCCCGCUGCUCGUGCCAGCUGCCCCCAUCACCCCGUGGAACAUCACCCUCUUCGGGCUGUGCUGUGGCUGGAAAACCUCCUUGAACACCGCGCAGAGGCAGCACCCAGGAGGAACACUUCCUUACGAGCAGCCACUUUUACUGGGCUUAUCUGGGGACUUAAAUAAAAUGGUCGUUCCUUAAGAACAAAAUAGUCACUGGGGGAAACGAGCAGAAUUUGACGUAAUGUGUGAAGCCUCUCUCCCUAGGAUGGGUUAUGUCUGGAGUUUAUCACUCUUCUUGUUUUUUUGCUGCAAUAGUUAAAGAAGUAAUGAAACAACUGCUGGGGGAAGCCAGCACAGGAAUUGUUCUUUCACGUAAAGAAGUGUGGCAAACCGAAGGUGACGGCGCACAGUAGGUUGAUGCAACACAACUCCUGACCUUGGGUUUCAAAAUUUUUGCUGAAGUUUAGAGGGCUUCUUAGUGGCACUCAAAGUUUUGUGCUUGUGACAGAAGUAGAAACACAAAAGGCUGCAAAAUUCCAGAUCGAGGGCUGGAUUUGUUAAGGUGCAAAGCUUUAGUACAGACUUAGGAAAUGCUGGGGUGGCAUGUGCGUUGAGUUGGCUUGGAUUUGGGGCCUGUUUUCUCAAAUGCCUGGAGAAUGGGAAGAUCCAGCCUUUUGCUUUGCAUGCAUCUUUGAUACAAGUUACACAGGUGGGUUAAAUCUGUGCGGUUCAGAUACUCAGUUUUGUGACCCUGGGCAAAAUAAUGGAGCUCUGCAUUGGGAUCUUUGGAGCCUAACUGAAAAAAGCAGAGUUCCCCUCAGUCUAAGGGAGAAGGCACAUUGCAAAGACUAAGAAGAAAACAGAUAACAGUGCCAGACUCUGCAGAACAAACUCUGAGCUCCAGUUGGGUCUGAGGGUGAGUCAGUUUGGCAGCUGGACUGCAGGGGAACAACACAGCCUGUGUGGGAACUGCACAGGGAGAUUGCUUUUAUCUGUUUCCUGCAGGUUCAGUGUGCUUUGCCCUGGCAGCCCAACCACUGGCGAUGGGCUGGAGAUACUGAGGCAAGAGAGAUCCUCUCCAGCAAGGGACAAAAGCCAUAAAUGAAAGCAUGUGGCAGUUUCAGUGCCAGUGUAUCUUCAUCUUCCCUCUGUUCUCCUGAAGGCUGAUUCUCCUUCUAAAGGAGUAGAGGCAGGUGACCACAAACCAGAAGAGGAUCCACUAAUUGAUUAAAUAAUCCACUAAGCAGAGGAUUUUUGAACCCUUUUGAACAAGUUUUCAUCCUUGCAAAGCACAUCAAGAAGAUGGCACUACCUAAAGCAAGAAUACAACUUCACAAUACACUAUAAAUACACUACAAGAAAUGUUGAAACAUUAAUUAAAAAUGUAUCAAAUGCCCAUCAGGAUUAUUUCAGACCAUGAUAAGGAAACUUCUGCUCCUACAUAGGAAUCCUUCUCCCUUAGUCUUCAUAGGCAGUCAUGCAGAAGUUACUGUGAAGUGGUCUUCACCUUCAAAAACUCCAAAAUGUUCUAGACAGUCCCAAGCACAAGAACCAUCCCACCCAUCUUCUUUGUAGAGCUCUGCUGAACGAGGUCUCUUGUCUUGGGUAAGACUAGAAAGAAGUAGGAUCCGUGACAUACAUCUCCACUUUUCUUCACAAUUUUUUCUGUCAAAAUUUACCUGUGGGAAUUGCCAGAACUUUUUAAAUUACAGAAAAUGAAGUACAGAUGUCGGGGCCAGAUUUGGUGAGUACUUACAUGCGGUGCUGAAUUCACCACUUUUCAAAUACACAGAAAAAUAGGAAGAUUUAAAGUCAGCUUUAAGGUUAUAUUUUAAGCAUUCAUAUGCUGGGAGCAGUGUUCUAGUGUAAUUACGAUUGUCAGCCUACACACCAUUUUUUAUUUUGAUUUGUUUCAUUUAGUGGUGUUUACA